GAGGGGGUGAGUCGCCUGGUGGAAGGGACUGAAAUGUCCUUCACAUAAACCGGUGACAAAGUGGCGAGCGGUGGCCCCCGGGCAGCAGAGAUCACAGGCAGCACACGGAGACAAGAGGACCGGAGAGCACCGAGCACCGAGCACAACAGCCCGCCGGAGCCACAGCAACACACGCCGGGGAGACGCGGAGAGAAAAAUACGCACCAACAGGGACGCAACAGAGGAAACUAAUCCGGACGGAGCAGCUUUAACCCCACCGACAGAGAUGGGCGUCUCCUCUCCACCUCUCAUUUGCCUUUACGUGGCGGCUGCACUGAUUGGUGGAACCCGCUCGGAGGGGGUGUGUCUUCAAGACGGCAAGCACAAGGCCACGCCCAGUCCAGAGCCGCACCUGACGGAGUGUGGACUGUAUGCAGACAAUAGCUGCUGCACAGAAGAACACAUCCAGGACAUCUCGUAUGUUCCCUCUGCCAGCAGUAAGAAUGAACCCUGGGACAAGUGUGGCCAUCUGAGCCCUGAGUGUGAAGGCUUCCUGAAGCGUGUGUCCUGUUUUUACCGCUGCUCCCCCGAUGCUGCUCGCUGGCCUCAUCCUCACCGCCGCUCCUACAUCCAGGCCGUGCCGCUGUGCCACAGCUUCUGCCGUGAUUGGUUCGACGCCUGCAGGAUGGACCUGACAUGCGCUCGUAACUGGGCCAGAGACCCCAGAGGACAGAACUGCACUGGAACCUGUGUUCAGUAUCAGCAGAUGUACCAGCAUGGCCGAGACCUCUGUGAGAGUCUGUGGGGCGACGCCUUCAUGACGGUGGAGGAUGAGCCAGAAGAGGUGGGAGAAGCCGGAGAGAUCGGAUCUGAGGGUGAUGGCAGUCGCCCCUGCGGCUGCCUGACCCUCAGUCCCUCAGACAAGGAUGUGAUGGCCGCCCUCAGGGCCCAGCAGGACGACCCCGAGGAGCUGGACACCACCAAGACCGGCCUGCCUCAGUACCGCGCUCCCUGCCAGACCAAGCUGCCCGUGCAGACCGUGAGCGGCAGGAAGGGGAACUCUGUGCUGCGUAAACGCUCGGUGGAGGUGGAAGAUGUGGAGGGGAGCGGGAGCGGUUUGUAGAUGAUGAUAGAUGGCAAUAUAUUUAGAGAUAACUGUCUAGAUCCUAAUAUAUAAACAAAAAACAAAUCUAUCCCUUGAAAUGGAGUUGUAACCUUGCUCCUUUAACUACACUUACCGCCCAAACCUAAGCUCUCAUUAUCAUCAAUUAUCACAAUUCAGAUAGAAUCACUAUGAGUUUUGAAUAUCUGUUGUAUGAGAGACUGAGAGGCUUUCAGUAAACAUCUGCUCUGUUAUUUUUGAUUGAUUAGGGUUAAAGAAAUAAAAGACGCCACAACUGAAAGGCAACAACUUCUAUUCUGCAAGGGCUCCUACUUCAAUAAUAAAUAUAUUGAUAUUAUCCCAUAAUGGCUGCACAAAUAUCUCCUCGUCAGCUAUCAAGGUGAUUUUUUUUAAACAGGUUUUUGCUUCUAUAGCUCAGUAAACACACUCAGCAUUAUAAUAAUGUGAGCAAGGUCUUGCACAUGGUAAAGGCCCUACAGUAUUAGCACUUCUGCAUGAAUCAUCCUUAACCUUAAGAUUGCUUUUCAUGACAGUAUUGAAAACAAAAACGUACCUGCACCAGUACUCCACCACCCCGCCACUCGUUUCAAACCAUCUAGCCGACUUUAAUCCGUGCGUUAGUCACUUGUUAAAUGCAGAUGUUGUGCUACUGUGCAGUCUACUUGUCAUGAUAGAAGAGAAGGUAAUGCAGAGUAACCAUAACAAUGAAUGUAACUUAGAUUUUCUUACAGAGACUACCAGCCUGAUCAGAAUGGAUCUGGUAUGAUAUUGACAAUGGAGAGGUGUUCUUAAUACCUGAGGUGAGGUUUAAUAUUCAGAAACUAAGUCCGCAGAGGCAGCGUUCAUACCAGAUAAGGUCGUUCUGGUAGCUCCAUCACCAAUGUAUUGUGGGUGUUUCUUUUAUAAUCAUGUAUUUCUAGAGUGAAACACUGUUAGAUGUAAAUGUUUUGUAAAAAAAAAAAGGACAAGUGAUGUACGGUGAGCUUUCUGAAAUGGGUGUUUCUGUGCUUUUCUUUACAUUAUCAUUAAAGACAACAUUUCUAAAUGUCA